GAACUCUUCCUCUUUCAUCGUAUCAGAAAACUAGUCGAGCCCCUCAAGGUGGAGGGACAGUAGCCCUAAUCCGAGGAGGAGGAAAGAACAGCAUGGUCAUGAUGAUGAUGGAGCCUAAUAGACGACAGAGGGCGAUUGAGCCGUGGGAUCUUGUGAGGCUAUGCGAGCGCAACGAUUUGGCUCUCUGAUUCGCUUUGGGAACAUAGAUCAAGGACAAGGAAAGUACGCAGGGGGAGGAAUGGCUCUCAUUCUGUGGCAGAGACUAUUGCUCGGUGGAGAGAGCAUAAUCGCCAGCUUCAGUGUUCCAUUGAUGGUGAAAAGCGAAUUCGAAAACCUCCGGCAAAGGGAUCAAAGAAAGGUUGCAUGCGAGGCAAAGGAGGACCGGAAAACCGCAGUUGUAGAUACCGCGGUGUAAGACAGCGCACCUGGGGCAAGUGGGUUGCUGAGAUUCGAGAACCAAAUCGCGGUAAUCGCCUUUGGUUGGGAACCUUCCCAACUGCAGUCCAAGCUGCUCUAGCUUACGAUGAUGCUGCAAGAGCCAUGUAUGGAACUUCAGCCCGCAUCAAUCUGCCUGGAGGUGUGAGGAGGGAUUCGAGCGAGUCUACCACAACCUUGCAUCAUUCCGAUGCGAUUGGUGCCUCCGUGUCCAGUGCAGACCAAAUCAAAUUUCUUAUUACCAAGCUGAAAGAUGAGGCUCAUUCCGAUCGUAUGAAUGUCUCUGGCUCCCGGGAGAGCAUUAUCGAGUUUCCAACAGUGGAAUUAGAAGAUGAGGGUGGACGUAACGAGGAACCAUCAUUCGUAGCUGAUGCUUGCAACGUGGAGCUUUAUCAGUCUGAUGCACCUGAAGGUGAAUUCUCCAUAGAAGAUAUGCUGAGAAUUAUGGGCGCCGAUGCUGACAACAGUGACGCUGACCAUUUUGGUGCUGUUGGUAGAGAAACAAACUGGCAGUGCACUGAUCCUGUGGACAUGUCGUUGGACGUUAGGCAUACAGAUGCCCCAACAGUAUGGGACAUUGAGCAAAAUCCUUUUGACUAUAGCGAUACUCUUUUAAGGUCCCUGGGUGAAGACUGGGAAUACGGCCCGGGGGAAACGCCCAAUACUGUGGACUUUGGAAUUUCUUGUGCAGACUUGCUUUCAAGCCCCGAUAGAUGGUACAAAUCUUAGAAGAUCCGUUGUUCUCCUAUUCAGCAUAGUUUCUCGUUCUCUGUGUAUUUUUUCUAGGAGGCGAGAAUUGUUCUAUCUUCCUUCCCUUUCUGUCGUCCUUUUGGCGAGUGCGAGGUCUUAGGCAUUUUGUUUUAUAUAAGCUUUGUAUAGCUUUCCGCUAUAAUGAGUUGCUGUAGAUUAUGUCGGUCUUAUGCUUAAACUUGUGUCUUCACUGUGGAAUUUUGGAUUUUAGGGAUC